GCACCGCGCCGCGGGGAUGACUGGGAGUUGUAGUCCAGGCCGGCGCGCUGACGCACUUCGCCGCGGGCCGACGGGCGCCAUUGUGCGCCGCGCGCGGGGUGAGUGCGGCGGGAAACUUGCGCCCGUCGGGGGCUCAGUUCUAGGGCUGCUCCGUGGGGAGCGCCCAGCCGCGGCCCCUGCCACAACAAUCGUAGCAGCCCAGAGCCAGCCUCGCCUGCCGUCCUUCCGCCGUGUGGCCUUUAGUGGCAGUGGGAGUCGGGGACUCGGGGCCCAGAGGACGCGCGGCGGGCGGGCCCACCUCCUCCCGGCGCUUGUGGGCAGGGCGGGGGGCGACUUCCUCUCGGUGAGGAAGGUGGGAAACCGUCCCUCUGCGUGUUCAAGAGCAGGUGGAGACAUUCCUUUAGGGCGUCUUCCGAGGACUCUGCCCACUCCCACGAGACACGUUGAGGAAGAGGAAGGUAUGGCCACCGGGCUUCCGACGGCCUGGUUCCGUGAACCAGUGACCUUUGAAGAUGUGACCCUGGGUUUUACCCCGGAUGAGUGGGAAAUGCUGGACCUCGAACAGAAGUCCCUGUACAGGGAGGUGUUGCUGGAGAACUACAGGAACCUUGUCUCAGUGGAACAUCAGCUUUCCAAGCCAGAUGUGGUAUCUCAGUUAGAGGAGGAGGAAGAGCUCUGGUCGGUGGAGAGAGGAAUUCCUCAAGACACCUUUUCAGAGUGUCCUGAGGCUCAGUUGGACCCUCAGUUCCAUCCUUUUCCUGCUGGGAGCCCCCUGAUGAAGAUCGAGGUUGUUGAAAUCCUCACGCUGAACGAGGAGGUGGCUCUUCCCCGGAACACCCAGAUCCGCGCCCUCUAUGCUGAAGAGGAGGGCCUGAGCCCAGUCAUCCUCAGGGAGCCCACUCAGCAUCUGGAUAAGCAUCUAACUGACCCUGAGACCGCUCGCCAGAGGUUCCGGAGGUUCCGCUUUGAGGAGGCGGCAGGGCCCCGAGAAGCCCUGGCCCGGCUGCGUGAGCUGUGCCGCCAGUGGCUGCGGCCCGAGGUGCACUCCAGGGAGCAGAUGCUGGAGCUGCUGGUGCUGGAGCAGUUCCUGGGCGCGCUGCCCGGGAAGCUCCGGAUGUGGGUGGAGUCGCAGCACCCCGUGGACUGCCAGGAGGCAGUAGCCCUGGUGGAGGAUGUAACCUGGAUCUCUGAGGAGGAAGCACCGCCCACCCAGGGCCCCACCAGCUCUCUCCAGACCACAGCUCAGCAGGAGGAGGACAUGGCCACCAGGCUGGCCAAGGCACUGCCUGAGGAACCGGUGACCUUCCUGGACGUGGCUGUGGACUUCAGCAGGGAGGAGUGGGGGCUGCUGGACCCGACACAGAGGACCGAGUACCACGACGUGAUGCUGGAGACCUUUGGACACCUGGUCUCUGUGGGGUGGGAGACCACUCUGGAAAGCAAACAGUUAACUCCAAACCCCAACAUGCCUGAGGAAGAGCCAGCCUGCCACCUGAAAGUGGAGGAAUUCUCGAGGGAUGACGCCCAGCCCUCUGCCUCAGGAGACACCUUGCAGGCUGGGGCCCCGGAGGUCUUGGACACGGCGUUGAAACCAGUAGUGCUCACUCAGGAAAAAACCCUCCCUCAGAAGCCACCCGGUGAAAGCCCCAAACCCCAGGCGAGCACAGGUCCCGACACAAGCCGCAUCUCCCUCCAGAAGACCAUUCCUAGAAAACGCUUGCGCAAGCGUGACCCCAGGGUCAAAAAGAUGACACACAACCCCUGUGUAAAACUUCAUCAGAAGAGCUGCAGCCGGGGAAAGGCCCAGGAGAGCGGGAGCUGUGGGAGAACCUUACCCCGGAGUACUCAGCAGAUCACGUUUACACGAAUUCACAAAGGAAGCCAGGUGUGCCGAUGCAGCGAAUGCGGGAAAACCUUCCGGAACCCCAGGUACUUCUCCGUGCAUAAAAAGAUCCACACGGGAGAGAAGCCCUACGUGUGUCCGGACUGCGGGAAGGCAUUCGUGCAGAGCUCCUCCCUCACGCAGCAUCAGAGGGUUCACACUGGGGAGAGACCCUUUGAGUGUCACGAGUGUGGAAGGACUUUCAACGGUUGCUCUAAGCUUGUUGUACACAAGAGAACACACACGGGAGAAAAGCCAUAUGAAUGUAUUCAGUGUGGGAAGUCUUUCAGCCAGAGCUAUGACCUGGUUGUACACCAGAGAACUCACACUGGAGAGAAGCCCUAUGAAUGCAACCAGUGUGGGAAAUCCUUCACCCAGAGUUCCAAACUUAUUAGGCAUCAACGAACUCACACUGGAGAAAAACCAUAUAAAUGUCAUGAAUGUGGAAAAUCUUUCAGGUGGAACUCUAACCUUACUGUUCAUCAAAGAAUUCAUACUGGAGAGAAACCUUAUGGGUGUGCUCAUUGUGGAAAGUCCUUCAGUCAGAGCUCUGACUUUGUUGCACAUAAAAGGACUCACACUGGAGAGAAACCCUAUGAAUGUAACCAGUGUGGAAAAUCUUUCAUUCGAAGCACUCAGCUUAUUAGGCAUCUGCGAAUUCACACUGGAGAGAAGCCAUAUAAAUGCAAUCAGUGUGACAAAGCCUUCACUGGGAGCUCUCACCUUAUUGAACAUCAGAGAACUCAUACUGGAGAGAAACCGUUUGAAUGUAAUCAGUGUGGGAAAGGCUUCACUGGGAGCUCUCACCUUCUUUCACAUCAGAGAAUUCAUUCUGGAGAGAAACCGUAUGAGUGUAAUGACUGUGGGAAAGCUUUUCGGCAGCGAUCUCAGCUUGUUGUGCAUCAGCGAACACAUACUGGAGAGAAACCUUAUGAAUGCAGUCAUUGUGGAAAAGCUUUCAGCCAGAGGUCUCCCCUCAUUGUGCAUCAGAGAAUACACAUUGGAGAGAAGCCCUAUCAGUGUAACAUGUGUGCUAAAGCCUUCAGUCAAAGGUCACGCCUUAUUGAACAUCAGAGAACACAUACUGGAGAAAAGCCCUAUGAAUGCAUUGACUGUGGGAAAGCCUUCAAUGAUCGAUCAACCCUUACAAAACAUGAGAGAACACACACUGGGGAAAAACCCUAUGAAUGUAAUCAUUGUGAAAAGGCCUUUAGCCAGCGGUGUCAACUUACUAGGCAUCAGAGAAUCCAUACUGGAGAGAAACCCUAUGAAUGUAGUGAGUGUGGAAAAUCCUUCAACCACAACGCACACCUCACGGUGCACCGGCGGAUCCACACGGGUGAGCGGCCGUACGCGUGCAAGGAGUGCGGCAAGGCCUUCAGCCAGAACUCCUCGCUGGUGCAGCACGAGCGCAUCCACACGGGCCACAAGCCCUACAAGUGCGCGGACUGCGGCAAGUCCUUCUGCCACAGCACGCACCUCACGGUGCACCGGAGGAUCCACACCGGGGAGAAGCCCUAUGCGUGCCAGGACUGCGGGCGGGCCUUCAACCAGAACUCGUCCCUGGGCCGCCACCGGCGCACGCACACCGGGGAGAAGCCGUUCACCUGCAGCGUGUGCGGCAAGGCCUUCUCGCGCACCACGUGCCUGUUCCUGCAUCUGAGGACGCACACGGCCGAGAGACCCUACGAGUGCAGCCGCUGCGGUAAGGGCUUCCGGCACAGCUCGUCCCUGGCGCAGCACCAGCGCAAGCACGCCGGCGAGGGCCCCUACGACUGCCGCCAGAGGCUGGCCUUCGAGCCCACGCCGCCGUGGCCGGAGCCCCUGACCCCUGGGGAGGGGCCUCCCCGCAGCGACAGGCCCUUCAGGUGCGGCCAGUGCGGCAAGUGUUUCACGCAGAGCUCGCACCUCAUCCGACACCAGAUAACGCACACCAGGGAGGAUCCCCGAGGCCGGGGCCGGCGGCGCCCGCAGCCCUGCGGCCAGGGCCCGCACGUCGGGCGGCACCAGCUCGGGCCCACGGGUGAGAGCGCCGGGGCCGGGACGAAGGCAGGGCAGCCGGCAGGCAAGGCACUGGCCCUGUUUGACAUCCACGAAAUCAUGCAAGAGAAAAACCCAGUGCACGUUAUUGGGGUGGAAGAGCCUUCUGUGGGCACAUCCGUGUUGUUUGACGUCAGAGAAUCCACCUAGGGGAGAAACUCUGAGGAUGACUUUUGAACCACAGGUACAAAAAUGUGUCUUUUAUAUGUUGGGGGAAACAAACAACAAGAUAACCUAAAUUUUGUCCCCAUCCCAAGCCUGCCCAUCAGACCCUCCUUGGCCUGGUGGAGUGACUUCUGAUUUGGCGUCAAGUCACCAGGCUGUGCUGAGGGGCUGUGUGACCGGUGUAAACUCACUGUUCUGUUCUCAAAGUUCGUCUGCGCCACCUCAAGCACGGCUCCCCAACUUGCUGGGGUCUCUGCUGGAAGACCUUCGGAAGACCUUUCCGCUGUCAAUGCCCAGGAAAGAGAGAUGUCCGAGAAACUGGCUUAUUUGUAUACGAUGCAGAACGUUCUAACAUGACCAUUUUCACGUCCACGAUUGGAAACUUCGUCUGGAUCCUCUUUUUGCUUUCCUCCAACUUUACUCCUCAGGAAAGCAGAGCCUUGUGACCUUUGUCUAUGCUGUUCUUGCCAUAAAGAAGAACAUUGUGUUCGAGAUGUGAUCCUUGCUAUCUCACAGCAGAGAGGAUGUAACAAGCAAGGAUUUAAACGUGCCUGCUUUCUAACCUACGAUGAGAGAGCGAAAUGCCCAUCCCGCCGGGACACUACGUCGUGUGCUCCAGUUAUACAGCAUGGUUGCCUUUUUUUGUUUGUUUGCUGUUCCCGCUGCAGCUGAGUUCUAGUGAAGUUAAACACAAACCAUAAACAUCAAACAUCGGAAGGAAGGAGAAUUGGUCAUGUUACAUCUCAGCUUGUGGAAAUUGUUCCUAAAAAUAUGCACCGCAGGAAUGUUGGAUCAGCAGAGCGUCAAGCUGAAUGGAAGAAGCAUCA